UCGGACGGAGCUCAUAGAAAACUGUUCUUCCUGUUCAACUGUUUCUGAAAACUUGACCCAACGAAUUCAGAGUUCGUAUUCAAUACAAAGUGUGCAAUGGAACAUUGAUGAUAUAAUCAGCUUCGUAAUAAGCGAAAUUGUAUAGAAUUCUGUACUUUUCCUUCAAUAGAAAACUCGAAAAAACUUGGAACAAACUUGAUAAUUUGGACUUGAGUGAGUGUGAGUGACGGUUGAUUGACAUGAGGAAAUUCCAUUUUCAACUUAUUCAAUUUUUCAUUUAUACAACUUGAAGCUCAUUUAUAUAUUUUAUAAGAUUGAGGAGUUUUCGAUAAAAGAUUGGAGAUUGAGGAAGACAGAAACAGUUUUUGUUUACAAACGAACCAUUUUCAAACCCUGUCUUUUCUGCAUUCAAGUGUAUAAGAGUGUAGAACCAUUUGCAAACUUCCCAUUCUCUGUAUUCAAGUGUAUUCUGCCUGUGCAGAAUAGUUAUGGGAGAGUAUUGAUAUUUCCGUAUUGAGAUUUUUAACAACAAUCGCAUGAGAAGACUGUUGAACUCAGUCAGUUUUUCGUGAUCAAGAAAACUCAAAGAUCUCGAAGAGAAACUCAUAGAUCUCACAGUAGAAUCCCAGUAAAUGAGUGUUAGUGAAUUGAAAUUAUUCAACAUGCUGCUGAUUACAGUGUUUUGCAGCAUCGUAACAAAGUGUAUUGCUGAGACAUCGUUCAUGCAAGUUGAAGCUGUGGUGGGAGGAAAUGCGAAAUUUCCCUGCAACAUCAGCUCAGUCACUCCUGAUGAUACAAUGGCUCUGGUCAUCUGGUUCAAGGGUGAAAUACCGAUUUACAGCUAUGACUUGCGAGAUGGCGGUGAACUGGAGGAUGCAAAGCAUUGGGCUGCCGAGGAUAUAAUCGACAGAGCUCAGUACACGGUUACGCCAGCCGACUCCUACCUCGUCCUCGAGUCUGUCAUGGAGGCGGAUGGGGGCCAGAUCAAGUGUCGCAUCGAUUUUUAUCACACGCCGACUAGAAACUCUUUCUUCAAUCUCACUGUAACAGUGCCUCCUGAAUCAAUGGAGUUGACAGACCCCACAGGCCGAGCUGUCGCUAUAUCCACAAUGCCCGUCAUUGAGGGAGAAUCUCUGCAAAUAAUCUGCUUGGCACUGGGAGGGAAACCAGUUCCAAAAGUGAGAUGGACACUGAACGAGGUGGUGAUAGACGAGUCAGACGAGCAAAUGUCAGGCAACUCUGUGCGCAACGUUCUAGUACUGGAUAAUCUGGAACGCCGCCAUCUUGGUUCUCAACUCACAUGCCAGGCUUCCAACACAAAACUCAUUCCUCCUCUAUCGACCACGGUCGCAAUCGAGCUUUACCUGCGCCCCCUGGAGGUGAAGCUGUUGGGGGAGAAUCUGGCACUGAGUGCCGGCUCCAAGUACGAGGUGGCUUGCCGCUGCUCUGGUUCCAGGCCUCCAGCCAACAUCACCUGGUGGAAGGGUGGUCAAGCACUUAGAGGAUUCACUAGGGAAACUAUGAGCUCAGAUGGCAAUGUUACAUUGGCAACGUUGACGAUUGAUCCGCAACCAAACGAUUCAGGAAAGACAUUAUCCUGUCGAACAAGUAACAUUCAUUAUCCAUCUGUCGAAUUACAAGAUUCAUGGAUACUCAAUGUUCAUUUUGCUCCAAUAAUUUCGUUGAAUGUGAGGAAUGAUACCAACUCGUCUAGGAUAAGAGAAGGGAUGGAUGUCUAUUUGGAAUGUAGAAUUCAAGCCAAUCCUCCAGUCGACAAAAUUCUAUGGACGUACAAUGGAGAUAAGCUGAAUUUCAAUAGCAGUAACUGGGAAACAAAGGAGAAUCAAACCUUGAUAUUGAAGUCAGUUUCUAGGAAAUUGUCUGGCGUGUACACUUGCCUGACAUCCAACGCUGAAGGCGAGUCAGCCAGUGAUCCUUUCGUCUUGGACGUGAAAUAUGAGCCGAGCUGUUCGAGCAAACACGUGGUGGUGCAAGGCACAGCGAGGGGCGAGGAGUUGACGGUAGCAUGCAGUGUGGAGGCCAACCCUCCCGCCAGCCGGUUCAAGUGGACAUUCAACAGUAGCAGCAGUAGUGACAGUAACAACAGUAGCGGCAGAAAUGCUUCACGCAGUUUGGAUGCGGCGGCAGUAACAAGUGGUGGGCGCAGUGUCGUCACCUAUCGGCCACUUCUAGAAACAGACUUCGGCACAAUUCUGUGCUCGGCGGAAAAUGAGAUGGGCAUCCAGGCGUCACCCUGUGUCUUCCAGAUUGUUCCAGCUGGCAAGCCGGACCCGCCGCACAACUGCAGCAUAGCGAGCCGCAGCCACAACUGGGUGCAGGUAAGCUGCUCUUGAGGCUUCAGCGGCGGACUGCGCCAGGCGUGGGUGGUGGAGGUGCGACUCCAGUCGCAGUCACAGACCGACCGAGUCGUGUCCAAUGUGACCAGUCGGCUGCAGCCGGAGUUCGUGGUGAGCGGCCUGGAGCCUGGCAGUCGCUACACGAUGCAUGUCUACGCCACCAAUGCAAAGGGACGUAGUAACAGCGCGGUCAUUCUCUCUGUCACCACCUUGGGGCAUGCCAACACCCAGCAUAGGCGCACUGAUCCAGCAAGUCCUGUGUACCUGUUGGAAGCCAUUCUAGGUGGUGUCAUCAUAGUCAGCCUAUUUCUAGGCUGUGCUGUGGGGAUCAUGAUACGAUACCGACGCAACCAAAGGUCUCCCUCUCCCCAUCAAAGCUCGGAGCCAGACAAUCAGGCCAAGUCCAUCAUGCUGCUCAGCCUCACAACCAAUAUUGAAGACGACAAAAACCCUGAUUUGAUACCACACUCCAACGAUUCGGAAUGUACGCAUACUGAAAUAAUAAAUGCGAGUCUGCUUGGACAGUCAAAAAGAACGCAAUGGGAUGUCGCCAUUAGUCCCAUGGUAGGGCUGGAGUCCUAUCAGGCCUUAACUGCUCAAUUUGGUCUAGAAUGCGACAGUCAACACAUGGCAUGCAACAUGACACCGUGGACCAAAGCCAGCGUGCAUGAGCCGUCAAAUUUGUUGAGCCCUGUCCCCGAGUCACCCUCUUCCUGCUACACACCGAAGCAGCAUGCUGGAACACAGACGCCCUUUGUCACACAAAGAGAGAGCGCUGUUUAGCACAUGUCAAACGAGGAACGAGGGAAACCGAUCUCAAGAUUGUAGAUUCUAGCUUACGAGUAAUAGCUGAGAACGUCAGAAUACAGUACUAAACUUUGAACAUCAGAUCAAUUUGACUGCUCCAGUAAACUGCAGCUCUAAACCAGGUUUUACUGUGCUCUCAACCACAUCAGAAGAUACAAGUUUGAGGUUACACUAGGAGCUCCGUACCUAAAUGUAUGAUUUAUCUCGCACUGGAUUUAUUAUUAUUUGCGCGACCUACAUUAGUAAUGCAACUAAUGAGUACCCACUGCAAUAGCGUGAGUGAAUCUAGACUCUUGCGAGUUUAAGGAGCAAAUAUCUCGAUAUAUGGCUUUGAUUUCAAAACAUCAAAAUCCUCGAUUGCUAACACUUUCUUUAGUCUACAUCUUGCGAUUUCUUCCCAAAGUAAACAUGGGAGACAUGAUAAUCAAAUCCACGAUUUGUUCAGAAACAAAUUCAAUACAAUAGUAAUAUAAAUAUAAUUAUAUUCUUGAAGAGAGUCCUCAGAAGAGAUUACACAAUGCUGUAAGCGGAAUCAUCAAUGGACUCUUAAUAAUUAUUAUAUCAUUGUAAAUUAGAUGUGCCUUAUAUGAAUGUGAGAUUAAAAUUAGCUUGAAUUAGAACACUCAUCUAUGCAUUGUAAUACAAAGAAUGAUUACUGUGUAAUUUUUCUUUCAAAGUUACUUUGGAACAAAGUCAGAUCGAAAUGACUAAUUACUGUGUAUUUCAUUCAAAGUUACUUCGAAACAAAUUCAGAUAAAAGUUUCUUAACCUGUUGAGAUUAUAGUAUUUAUUUUGUGAAUUUGUGAUAAUGGUGUUCAUGGUUGAGAUUUGUUGAAUAAUAAACUCACUAAGUUUUCUAUUAUGUUCAUCUUAUCAAAGUCUAAACUAUAAUGCAAGGGUUGCAUUGAUGAAAGAGUAUUUCAGUUUAUCCAACCAUAUAACGUUAAAUCAAUAAACGAUCUGUAACUGAGAUGGUAAGAUAAUGAUUUGUUUUGUUAGCAUCAAUGUACAGUAUACCCUAUAAUGUACAGUAUACUAGUCUAAUAAGAAUAUGAUGUAAAACAUGAUACAAAAUUUUAUAUGAUGUGAAAUUUGUAGUAGUGAUAUUUUUCAGAUUUUAAUAAAUCGAACGCCUAUUGAUAAA